AUGUCUUUUAACAAAUCUUUUGUAAAUAACAUGCUAUAUUUUGGACUGAUAUCUUCAAAUGAUAAAGACACUAAAUCUCUUAAAGAUAUAGAGCAAGGAUUUACAUUUUCUAAUCUUAGCAAUAAGAAACCAAGUCUCAUAUUUGGACCAGGAUUUUAAGAAGAAAACAUAAAAAUAGAAGUAAGAGUAAAUCUAAAAAAUGGUACUAUGCAUAUCUUCUAAUAUCCUGAAUACUCAAGCAUAUAUGUUUAGAGUUUAGAAAAUAUUAGGGAACAAUAAAAUAUUCACUUUGGUAUUUAAUAUUAAACUGAGUAAUAAUUUAAAAUAAAGCUAUUUGACAAUUAAAUACUCGAAAUAUGA